AAAGCAGCAGCAAGAAAUACAAGGCUCGCACAAAUUCAAAGAAAUACUCUCGAAACAAAGCUAUACUCAAUUAGGGGGCAAACACCACUGGACUCAACACCCACAGCCCCAAAUACAGAUUCCCAGCCGAUAACCCAGUCCAAAGCAGUGCAAGAAACGACCACAGCAACAGCAACAACAGACAACAGGCAAUAUCCACAAAUCCCACGCAAGUCAAGGUACAGGGGCUACUACUAGCAUAAUACGAAGUAUGAAACAUGAAAUAAUGAAAUAAAAUGAAAUAUGAAAUAACGAAAUAACAAAGGUUAGAAGUCACCGGAUUACGCUUGUAGACCAAGCCGGAAACCAAUCCCAGUGUUGACCGGCUUCCGGGGCAUUCCGGUGCUGAGAUGGAGCUGCGGCUGAAGACCGAGCUUCGGCUGUUGGAGACCGAGUUGGCGGCUGGAGACCGGGCGGCGGCCUAGAUAAUUGUGAAGCUGCAAGUCAUAGUCUCGGUGUUCUGGAAUGCGCUUGUAUCGUCGCUUAAUUCGAUGAUACAAAGCAAUGCGAGCCCCUCUUGCUCCGUGUUGCUCCGUGUGGCUGAUGCGAGCGUAUCAUGUAGAUUUUAUUUUUAGUGUCAAUUUUAAAUUAAAAAAGAAUCACUUCGUAUUGAUUUAUAUAUGGGAUCAAUUUUAAAUUUUUUUAAAAAAGGAGUCUACUCACCACUGCUGCAAUUUUCUAAGGUUAACUUUGAUCACUGCAAUGACUUCUUCUUCUUCACUGUGUGACUAUCACUACUGCGCCUUCUUCUUCUUUACUGCAUCAUUUCAAUGAUGUGCUCACAUCCCUUCACACUUCGCGUAAUGCGUGAUUCAGAGCCUUGUCACUUUUUUUCUCAUCAUGCUUAUCAUGCUUCCCUAAACACUGCAUUGUCUACAUCCACCACUACUUCCAUGGACUUGGGAUAAUGAAAAAACUUGUUUAGAAUGUUUAGAAUUUGAACUUUGUUAGAGUGAUGGCAAGAGUUUGGCUUUGGCCACCUUAAUGUCCUGUCUUUUUAAGGGUUGGCGUUCUUUAGAUGGUAUAUUCUUUAGAAUAGAUUAUUGUGCUCGAAAUGAUUCCUAGUUAUGCAUAUUCCAGUGUCUAGAUUGUAUCAUGACCAGACUUUGUAUGAAGGGGAGCCUUGGAGUAACUGAUAAAGGUGCUGCUAUGUGACCAGGAGGUCAUGGGUUCGACCCUUGGAGCAGCCUCUGGAAGAAAUGCAAGAGCUCCUGCGUGAAAACAAGCGUAUGCUUGAUAAGUCUAUCCGAGAAAUAGAAAGGGAGAGACAGGGGUUACAAACACAAGAGAAGAAACUAAUUGCAGAGAUAAAGAAAAGUGCAAAGCAAGGACAGAUGGGCGCUGUGAAGGUGAUGGCAAAAGAUCUUAUCAGGACAAGGCAUCAGAUUGAAAAAUUUUACAAGCUUAAGUCCCAACUUCAAGGCGUCUCCCUCAGAAUUCAGACUUUGAAAUCAACACAAGCAAUGGGUGAAGCGAUGAAAGGUGUUACUAAGGCAAUGGGACAGAUGAACAGGCAGAUGAACUUGCCUGCAUUGCAGAGAAUAAUGCAAGAAUUCGAGAUGCAAAAUGAAAAGAUGGAAAUGGUGAGUGAGGUGAUGGGAGAUGCCAUUGAUGAUGCUUUGGAAGGGGAUGAGGAAGAAGAAGAAACUGAAGAGUUGGUAAGCCAGGUCCUUGAUGAGAUUGGGAUUAAUAUCAACAAUGAGCUUGUCAACGCUCCUUCUUCUGCGGUGGCUGCUCCAGCAGCGAAAGGUAAGGUUGCACAAGCUGAGGCAACUGACCAUGACGAUGGAGGGAUAGACAGUGAUCUGCAAGCAAGGUUAGAUAAUUUGAGGAAAAUGUAAAUUGUUUGUAGAAUAAAUUGAAAACUUUAUACGGUCUUUGUAAUAUUUGUGAAAAUUCUGGAAUUCAUGGUCAGACAUUGUGUCUGUCAUUGCAACACAUAGCAUGCCCUAUGCUUACUGUUUAUUCUCGAAUCUGUUAGUUAUUGCACAAUACAUGGUUAACACUGAUGAUUGAAGAA